AUGAUAGGCAUCAUACAAAUAAGGCAGCGUAAGAAAACAUUACAAAUAAAGGUCACUGAUGAAAGGAAAAUACCCUGCCGAAUAAAGAUGAUCAAUGGUUCAAGGUUCCUGUCAUCCCUGGUGCACUUUUUGUUAAUCUUGAUGAUUUUUUGGAGAGUCUUAAAUGAUGGCUUUAAAAUGCAGUUGAUGAGUAAUGGGAUAUUCAAGAGUGUAAUACACAGGGUGAUUCCAAAUUCAAAGAAGGAAAGGUUUACAGUGGCAGCAUUUUAUUUUCCAAACCCAGAUGGUGAAGUGGGACCUGUCAAUGAACUGAUAUGCAACAAUGAACCACAGUUGUAUAAAAGAGUGUUCACUCAAACAUACAGAAACCUCUUCUUUGAGACAUACCCUACAGGCAAAAGGGUCAUUGAUGUUCUCAAAAUCUAG